AUGUAGGCUAAUCCAAUAACAGGUAACCUUCCAACACAUUCUAACAAAGGCCCUGCGAAAGGCUAGCGUCCUGUCCAAGGGGUGUACCUAUUCAUCAAACUGCCUCACGCUACAUACAUUGAAACGGGAGAUAUGCUCUUGCUCCUAUGAGCAAUUCCGGCUCACACUUUCUUACUGUCGUACUUUCAAUACACAUACAUUUCCUGUUGAUUCGUUGUAGAAUGUGGACACUAAACGGCGUCGAGUGGCCUCAAAGACGAGGGAGAUGAUAUGGCGUUCACUGUCGGGGUUCGAAGACACCGGGGGGCACAAUAUGCCAGCAGCACCAGAGCCCCUCCCCCUGGUGAUUUGCCGGCCCUCUGGUCAGAAAACCCCUCCCAGCCCGAGUCCUGCCCCCAGACCGGCACUAUCUCCUGGCAGGCCGAGAUCCAUGCUGCUCGUAACUCCCAGGGCGACGUCUCCCAGAGCAUGAGCGCCCGCAACUCUGUCCCUGGGGCCUCGCCUGCACCGGUCGGCUCGUUGUCACAGAGGAAGAGGCAACAGUACGCCAAGAGCAAGAAGCAGGGCGGCUCCACCAACAGCAGGCCGCCCAGGGCCCUGUUCUGCCUCACCCUCAACAAUCCCAUCCGCAGAGCCUGCAUCAGCCUCGUGGAGUGGAAACCCUUUGAUAUCUUUAUACUGCUCUCUAUUUUUGCCAACUGUGUGGCCUUAGCUGUUUACAUCCCCUUCCCAGAGGACGACUCCAACUCCACCAACCACGACCUGGAAACAGUAGAAUAUGCCUUCCUGAUCAUCUUUACGAUAGAGACCUUUCUGAAGAUCAUAGCGUAUGGUUUAGUCAUGCAUCAGAACUCCUACGUAAGGAAUGGCUGGAACAUGCUAGAUUUUGUCAUUGUCAUAGUAGGGUUGUUCAGUGUAGUUCUGGAGGUGGUAACCAAAGAGGGUGAUGCGGGGGCUCAGGGGGGUAAACCAGGAGGCUUUGACGUCAAGGCCCUCCGAGCAUUCCGUGUGCUCCGCCCCCUCCGUCUUGUCUCAGGAGUACCCAGUUUACAGGUAGUGUUGAACGCCAUCAUUAAAGCCAUGGUUCCUCUGCUCCACAUCGCUCUGCUAGUCCUCUUCGUCAUCAUCAUCUAUGCCAUCAUCGGCCUGGAACUCUUCAUCGGCAAAAUGCACGCCACUUGCUACCUGGUGGGCACCGGCAUUCUGGCAGAGGAGGAGCCUGUUCCGUGUGCAAUGUCAGGCCAUGGGCGCCAGUGCAUGAUGAAUGGGACUGUGUGUAGAGAGGGAUGGCACGGCCCCAACGGUGGCAUCACCAACUUUGACAACUUCCUGUUUGCCAUGCUUACUGUUUUCCAGUGUAUCACCAUGGAGGGCUGGACUGAUGUUCUCUACUGGAUGAAUGAUGCCAUGGGCUUUGAGCUGCCCUGGGUUUACUUCGUCAGUCUAGUCAUCUUCGGCUCCUUCUUCGUUCUCAACCUGGUUCUGGGAGUUUUAAGCGGAGAGUUUUCCAAGGAGAGAGAGAAGGCCAAGGCUCGUGGAGACUUCCAGAAGCUGAGAGAGAAGCAGCAGCUGGAGGAGGAUCUGAAGGGCUACCUGGACUGGAUCACUCAGGCCGAGGACAUCGACCCUGAGAAUGACGAGGAGGGGGACGAGGAGGGGGGAAAACGCAUCCCAAGCAAGCCCGCCAGCGAGACAGAGUCUGUGAACACUGACAACCCCAACGGAGAGGACGAUAAGGCUAACUGCUGUGGACCACUCUGUCAGAAAGUUAUCAAAUCAAAGUACAGUCGGCGAUGGCGUCGCUGGAACCGGUUCUGCCGCAGGAAGUGUCGUGUUGCUGUGAAGUCAGUGUCUUUCUAUUGGCUGGUGAUCAUCCUGGUGUUUCUCAACACGCUCACCAUCUCGUCAGAGCACUACAACCAGCCUGACUGGCUCACGGAAGUACAGGAUGUGGCCAACAAGGUUCUGCUGGCUCUGUUUACGUGUGAGAUGCUGGUGAAGAUGUAUAGUCUGGGCCUGCAGGCCUACUUCGUGUCUCUGUUCAACCGCUUCGACUGCUUCGUGGUGUGUGGCGGCAUCGUGGAGACCAUCCUGGUGGAGCUGGCCAUCAUGUCUCCCCUGGGCAUCUCUGUGUUCCGCUGUGUCCGCCUGCUACGCAUCUUCAAGGUCACACGCCACUGGGCGUCUCUCAGUAACCUGGUGGCAUCGCUGCUCAACUCCAUGAAGUCCAUCGCCUCCCUCCUGCUCCUGCUCUUCCUCUUCAUCAUCAUCUUCUCUCUGUUGGGCAUGCAGCUCUUCGGCGGCAAGUUCAACUUCGACGAGACGAUAACUAAGAGGAGCACCUUCGACAACUUUCCCCAGGCUCUACUCACAGUGUUUCAGAUCCUGACAGGCGAGGAUUGGAAUGCUGUGAUGUAUGACGGCAUCAUGGCGUACGGUGGACCCUUCUCCUCAGGCAUGGUCGUCUGCAUCUACUUCAUCAUCCUCUUUGUCUGUGGAAACUACAUCCUGCUGAACGUCUUCUUGGCCAUCGCCGUUGACAACCUGGCAGAUGCAGAGAGCCUGAACACAGCCCAAAAGGAGGAAGAGGAGGAGAAGGAGAGGAAGAAGAGUGCCAGAGACACUGAUAAGAUGGAGGAGCUGAAACCUGAGGACCAGGAUGGGGAUCUCAAGGUUCCACUGGAGGAGGAAGAGGAGAAGGAGCCGUAUCCCACUCCAGACACUCCAGUUGGUGAUGAUGACAAUGAUGAUGAUAAUCUGCCAGAGGUUCCGGUUGGGCCACGCCCUCAAAGGCUGUCAGAACUCAGCAUCAAGGAGAAGACUCCGCCCAUCCCUGAGGGCAGUGCUUUCUUCAUCUUCAGCCACACUAACCCUGUCCGGGUGGCCUGCCACAAGCUGAUCAACCACCACAUCUUCACCAACCUCAUCCUGGUCUUCAUCAUGCUGAGCUCUGUGUCUCUGGCUGCUGAGGACCCCAUACGGAACUCCUCUGCACGCAACAUCAUACUUGGUUAUUUUGACUAUGCUUUCACGGCAAUCUUUACUGUUGAGAUCCUAUUGAAGAUGACAGCUUUUGGGGCUUUCCUCCAUAAAGGAGCCUUCUGCAGGAACUACUUCAACCUGCUGGACCUACUGGUGGUUGGAGUCUCUCUGGUGUCCUUUGGCAUUCAGUCAUCUGCCAUCUCUGUGGUGAAGAUCUUGCGUGUGUUGAGGGUGUUGCGGCCCCUGAGGGCCAUCAACAGAGCCAAGGGCCUCAAGCAUGUGGUCCAGUGUGUAUUUGUGGCCAUCAGGACCAUUGGCAACAUCAUGAUCGUCACCACGCUGCUACAGUUCAUGUUCGCCUGCAUAGGAGUGCAGCUAUUCAAGGGCAAGUUCUAUCGCUGCACAGACGAGGCCAAGUCCAGCCCAGAGGAAUGCAAAGGCACAUACAUCCUGUAUAAGGAUGGAGAUACAGCGUUGCCUGCAGUUAGGGAGAGGAUCUGGUACAACAGUGACUUCAACUUUGACAACGUCCUCAUGGCCAUGAUGGCUCUGUUCACCGUCUCUACAUUUGAAGGCUGGCCUGCUCUGCUGUACAAGGCCAUCGACUCCAACCGAGAGAAUAUGGGUCCCAUCUACAACUACCGCGUGGAGAUCUCCAUCUUCUUCAUCAUCUACAUCAUCAUCAUCGCCUUCUUCAUGAUGAACAUCUUUGUCGGUUUCGUCAUCGUCACCUUCCAGGAGCAGGGAGAGAAAGAGUACAAGAACUGUGAGCUGGACAAGAACCAGCGUCAGUGUGUGGAGUAUGCUCUGAAGGCUCGUCCACUGAGAAGGUACAUCCCUAAGAACCCCUACCAGUAUAAGUUCUGGUAUGUGGUCAACUCCACAGGCUUUGAGUACGUCAUGUUCGUCCUCAUCAUCCUCAACACACUGUGUCUGGCCAUCCAGCACUAUGGCCAGUCUCACCUGUUCAACUAUGCCAUGGACAUCCUCAACAUGGUCUUCACUGGCGUCUUCACUGUGGAGAUGAUCUUUAAACUCAUCGCCUUCAAACCCAGGCACUAUUUCGCCGAUGCAUGGAACACAUUUGAUGCCUUAAUUGUUGUUGGUAGCGUCGUUGACAUUGCAAUCACAGAGAUCAAUAACACUGAGGACAGCGCUCGCAUCUCCAUCACAUUCUUCCGUCUGUUUCGAGUCAUGCGAUUGGUCAAGCUGCUCAGCAGAGGGGAGGGCAUCCGAACGCUCCUGUGGACCUUCAUUAAGUCCUUCCAGGCUCUUCCCUAUGUUGCCCUUCUGAUAGCCAUGUUAUUCUUCAUCUAUGCUGUUAUUGGAAUGCAGGUGUUUGGAAAGAUUGCCUUGGUAGACCACACACAGAUUAACCGAAACAACAACUUCCAGACCUUUCCUCAAGCUGUCCUGAUGCUCUUCAGGUGUGCUACAGGUGAGGCGUGGCAGGAGAUCAUGCUGGCAUGUCUGCCAGGGAAGCUGUGUGACUCGGAGUCAGACUACAACCCUGGAGAGGAGAAAUCCUGUGGCAGCGGAUUCGCCAUCAUCUACUUCAUCAGCUUCUACAUGCUCUGCGCCUUCCUGAUCAUCAACUUGUUUGUUGCUGUCAUCAUGGAUAACUUUGACUAUCUGACGCGUGAUUGGUCCAUUCUGGGCCCUCACCACCUGGAUGAGUUUAAAAGGAUCUGGUCUGAGUACGACCCUGAGGCCAAGGGCAGGAUAAAGCAUCUGGAUGUGGUGACCUUGCUGAGACGCAUCCAGCCCCCUCUAGGCUUCGGCAAGCUGUGUCCACACAGAGUGGCCUGCAAGAGACUGGUUGCAAUGAACAUGCCCCUGAACAGUGAUGGCACGGUCAUGUUCAAUGCCACUCUGUUUGCCUUGGUGAGGACCGCUCUGAAGAUCAAAACUGAAGGCAACUUGGAACAGGCCAAUGAGGAGUUGCGAGCGGUCAUCAAGAAGAUCUGGAAGAGGACCAGCAUGAAACUGCUGGACCAAGUGGUGCCCCCUGCAGGCGAUGACGAGGUAACCGUGGGGAAGUUCUAUGCUACCUUCCUGAUACAGGACUACUUCAGGAAAUUCAAGAAACGCAAAGAGCAAGGCCUGGUUGGAAGACACUCGUUCUCCAGCCUGAACUCCACCAUCGCCCUCCAGGCUGGCCUCCGCACACUGCAUGAUAUUGGGCCCGAAAUUCGCCGAGUCAUAUCAUGUGACCUGCAAGACGAGGGCCUUGUAGACAUGAAUGCAGAAGAAGAUGACGAGGUGUCUAGGAGGAACGGCGUGCUGUUCGCCAACCACACCAAUCACGUUAACGGGGAACACCGGGGUUCUGUCACCCAGCGGCCCCUCCAGGUCCUGCCUCCUUCCUGCCACGCAUUCGUGGAGCCCUCUCAGGUUGGCUCUGAGGAAGGGGCUGGUGACCCCCACCCCUACAACUCCCCCAUGUCCUCCAACGCCAACCUCAACAACGCCAACAUCCCCACCCUUCCCUCCCUGACCAAAGGGGGUCAGCGGUGCUGUCUCCGCCGCGAGCACUCGUCCGCUAAUGGGGCACCCUCCUCCAGCUCGCACCGCAAGAGUGUUGACUUCGACACCCUCACCACGGUCCAGUCUGCAAGGAGGCUCUACUAUGAGACCUACAUUAGGUCAGAAUCAGGGGGUGUUCUGUACCCAACCAUCCGUAGAGAGAAGCCAGGGGGAGCGGACAGUGAUGAUGACAAGGGCUCAGGGGAAUACUUCAGUGGAGAGGAGUACCAGGAGGACGACCUCAUGUUGCACAAGGACAGGAUGCCCCAUAGGGAGUUUCAAGACCUUCAAACUGACUUGGACACAAAUGCAUCGAGGGGUUACCAUCAACCGGAUAGUCUCUAUGACGACGACCAACAACCCAUUUACCAAGAUGGUGGGCGGUCGCCAAAGCGACGGUUGUUCCCCUCUACACCCCAGGCACCCCACAGACCCUCCUUCAAUUUUGAGUGUCUGCGGAGACAUAGCAGUCAGGAUGAUGACAUCCCCUUGACCCCUUCUGUUCCCCAUCGAACAGCUCUACCCCUGCAUCUGAUGCAGCAACAGGUGAUGGCAGUGGCUGGCCUGGACUCCAGCAGAGUCCAGCGUCUCUCUCCAUCACGCUCUCUACGUUCCUGGGCCACGCCCCCCACCUCCCCCAUUAGCAGGGACCACUCCCCAUACUACACCCCCCUCAUCCAGGUGGACUGGCGUGGUCCCGGCAGUGUGAGCAGCACCCCUGGCUCUGUGAGAAGAAGCUCCUGGUACACUGACGCCCCGGAAGCCCCUUUGAGCCUCACCUACUCCCCCUCACAGCUCCAGAUCCCCCCAGAGUACCGCAGGCAGUACCACCAGAAGAUAGGCAGUGCCAACAGCCUAGUAGAGGCCGUGUUGAUUUCAGAAGGACUGGGGAAAUACGCCAAGGACCCCAAAUUUGUGGCGGCGACGAAGCACGAGAUCGCGGACGCCUGCGAGAUGACCAUCGAUGAGAUGGAGAGUGCCGCCAGCAACCUGCUGAAUGGCAGUAUGGGUAAUGGACCGGGGGCAACCGGGGCCACGGACAAAGUGACGGCCACGAGCCUCAGGGACCGUAAUCUCCAUGACUACAGUGAUGAGGAGCCGGACACGAGUGUGAAAUGUGAAGAAGAUCUGACUGAUGAGAUGAUAUGCAUCAGCACCCUAUAGCAUUCAGUCACAUAGGCUGACAUGGCACCCUAUAGCAUUCAGUCACAUAGGCUGACAUGGCACCCUAUAGCAGUCAGUCACAUAGGCUGACAUGGCACCCUAUAGCAGUCAGUCACAUAGGCUGACAUGGCACCCUAUAGCAUUCAGUCACAUAGGCUGACAUGGCACCCUAUAGCAUUCAGUCACAUAGGCUGACAUGGCACCCUAUAGCAGUCAGUCACAUAGGCUGACAUGGCACCCUAUAGCAUUCAGUCACAUAGGCUGACAUGGCACCCUAUAGCAGUCAGUCACAUAGGCUGACAUGGCACCCUAUAGCAGUCAGUCACAUAGGCUGACAUGGCACCCUAUAGCAUUCAGUCACAUAGGCUGACAUGGCACCCUAUAGCAUUCAGUCACAUAGGCUGACAUGGCACCAUAUAGCAGUCAGUCACAUAGGCUGACAUGGCACCCUAUAGCAUUCAGUCACAUAGGCUGACAUGGCACCCUAUAGCAUUCAGUCACAUAGGCUGACAUGGCACCCUAUAGCAGUCAGUCACAUAGGCUGACAUGGCACCCUAUAGCAUUCAGUCACAUAGGCUGACAUGGCACCCUAUAGCAGUCAGUCACAUAGGCUGACAUGGCACCCUAUAGCAUUCAGUCACAUAGGCUGACAUGGCACCCUAUAGCAUUCAGUCACAUAGGCUGACAUGGCACCCUAUAGCAUUCAGUCACAUAGGCUGACAUGGCACCCUAUAGCAGUCAGUCACAUAGGCUGACAUGGCACCCUAUACCGUAUGAAGUGCACUAUAUAGGGAGAGAUGUGCCUUUUGGAGUGCCUUUCUUUCUGUGGAAUGAAUAGGUGGAUGGAAACACUGCCAGCUGGAGAGAACUGGAGGGAUGGAGGGACAUGCUAAGGCUCCAACUACAGAGGAGUGGAGGGAUGGAGGGACAUGCUAAGGCUCCAACUACAGAGGAGUGGAGGGAUGGAGGGACAUGCUAAGGCUCCAACUACAGUGGAGUGGAGGGAUCGAGGGACACGCUAAGGCUCCAACUACAGAGGAGUGGAGGGAUGGAGGGACACGCUAAGGAUCCAACUACAGAGGAGUGGAGGGAUGGAGGGACACGCUAAGGAUCCAACUACAGAGGAGUGGAGGGAUGGAGGGACACGCUAAGGAUCCAACUACAGAGGAGUGGAGGGAUGGAAGGACACGCUAAGGAUCCAACUACAGUGGAGUGGAGGGAUGGAGGGACACGCUAAGGAUCCAACUACAGAGGAGUGGAGGGAUGGAGGGACAUGCUAAGGAUCCAACUACAGAGGAGUGGAGGGAUGGAGGGACACGCUAAGGAUCCAACUACAGUGGAGUGGAGGGAUGGAGGGACACGCUAAUGAUCCAACUACAGUGGAGUGGAGGGAUGGAGGGACACGCUAAGGAUCCAACUACAGAGGAGUGGAGGGAUGGAGGGACACGCUAAGGAUCCAACUACAGUGGAGUGGAGGGAUGGAGGGACACGCUAAGGAUCCAACUACAGAGGAGUGGAGGGAUGGAGGGACAUGCUAAGGAUCCAACUACAGAGGAGUGGAGGGAUGGAGGGACACGCUAAGGCUCCAACUACAGAGGAGUUUCACCCAACUUUCUUUCUCUCUGUCUGGCAACACCCAGUGAACCGAGAGAUAUAGGUAGGGGUUGUCCCUUAGGGGAUGCAGUAAUGCUAGGUUUGCAGUCCACUCAGGAUGAGUAGGAUUAGUGUCACCGCCUCAAUGACUUCAUACAGAAAUCACAUAUCAGUGACAUCACGUUCCAAUCCUCAGGCAUAUCCCCCCUGCCUCCCAUUUGCCUUACCCUCUGCACAGAGAUACUGAGAAUAGUGAGUCAUAGGUGUAGUGGUGGCCAUUUUACAGACCACUUUUUGAAACUGUGAACAACCAACACACAAGAAAACAGUGUACUCAAAUAUCACACACUCAUUCCUGCCCAACCAAUCAAUCUUCAGGGAUGACGGGGUUCCGAUCGAUAGACACAUGUACAGGUACAGACACUAGAAGCCAUGUUGUUUUAGUGAAAGGAAAAAGCUAUUAAGUUGUAGAUAUUUUUUAAACCCUGUAAGAAAAAUAAACUAUUGAAAAGAGAUGCUUUAUAUUUGGUUAAUUAUGAAUCGUUACAGGUAUAGCAAUAUCGUCCCCAUGCCUAUGUUUUAUUUGUGAAUUAAUAUGAAAUUAUAUUUUAUAACCUUGUCGCCUUUUUUCCCGCUAGAAUGCAUUAUGUUUAAGCAUAGCAGUUUAAGGAGGAUAAUAUUGAUGUAGAAUGACUAUGAUGUCAAAAAGAGCUGCUUUCACUGAAGUGUACAUACAGUAUGGCUGUACAGAAGGAGGGUUUACCAUUUACCAGCUUAGCUCACUGCCAACAGAAAUACAUAGUUUCAGGUUACAUUGAGGACAACUGUUUUUCAUUGUGUAUUGUACAGCACUAGAGCAGUUGAACUGUUUACUGUGUUACUGUGCUUCUUCUUCAACUGGUUACUGUCAUGGGAAUGGGUUCAUUUCCUGUCAACCUUUACAGUAUGUGCAAUGAAAGGGCUCCUUUAACAAAAACACCACAAGGGAAAUCUAUGCUUUGAAGACACAUAGCUGUGGCCAAUAAGGCUGUAUGACUAAUAUGCAUUUUCCAAACGCGUAAAGUCAAGUUCAAUAUAAACAUGUCAUGUCAGGGAUCUUUGUGAAAUGGCAUCACGAAAUGUAAAUUCCUUAACAAUGGAAUAUAGUGUUUACAACUACUAGGUUUUCCUCAGCAUAACUACCAUCUUUCUCUCGACACCAAACAAUGCUCUCAGUUCAACACAUGAAUGAUGGCAUAGUGAUGGCAUAGUGAUGGCCACUUAGUGGGGUUUUAUCUAGAAGGGAUAAUACAGCUUUGGUCCAAAUGUACUUUUCAUAUAGCAGGUUAGGAGAAAUAGGUGAAGGUUAGGAAAAACGUUAAGGUUAGCUAAAAAUAAUUUCAAAAAUAACUUUUGACGUCAAUUUGACAAAAGUUGUAUCCCAUCUAGAAAUGACCACUCAGUGAGUGUUUCGGAGUGGGGUUCAAAUCCUGACAUAAUGGUAUGCAUGCAUGCCUUCCAGGACUGGUAAUGAUAACUACUGCACCAGAGGUUAUAUCGCUGGCUCAAAUUGUCUUUGAGAUGGUGAGACUAUACUUUUCCUGGGGCUAUGUACAGUUGAAGUCGGAAGUUUACAUACACUUAGGUUGGAGUCAUUAAAACUCAUUUUUCAACCACUCCACAAAUUUCUUGUUAACAAACUAUAGUUUUGGCAAGUCAGUUAGGACAUCUACUUUGUACAUGACACAAGUAAUUUUUCCAACAAUUGUUUACAAACAGAUUAUUUCACUUAAUUCACUGUAUCACAAUUGCAGUGGGUCAGAAGUUUACAAACACUAAGUUGACUGUGCCUUUAAACAGCUUGGAAAAUUCCAGAAAAUGAUGUCAUGGCUUUAGAAGCUUCUGAUAGGCUAAUUGACAUAAUUUGAGUCAAUUGGAGGUGUACCUGCGGAUGUAUUUCAAGGCCUACCUUCAAACUCAGUGCCUCUUUGCUUGACAUCGUGGGAAAAUCAAAAGAAAUCAGCCAAGACCUCAGAAAAAUAAUUGUAGACCUCCACAAUUCUGGUUCAUUCUUGGGAGCAAUUUCCAAAUGCCUGAAGGUACCACGUUCAUCUGUACAAACAAUAGUACACAAGUAUAAAUACCAUGGGACCAAGCAGCUGUUAUACCGCUCAGGAAGGAGACAUGUUCUGUCUCCUAGAGAUUAACAUGCUUUGGUGCGAAAAGUGCAAAUCAAUCCCAGAACAACAGCAAAGGACUUUGUGAAGAUGCUGGAGGAAACCGGUACAAAAGUAUCUAUAUCCACAGUAAACGAGUCCUAUAUCGGCAUAACCUGAAAGGCCGCUCAGCAAGGAAGAAGCCACUGCUCCAAAACUGCCAUAGAAAUUCCAGACUACGGUUUGCAACUGCACAUGGGGACAAAGAUAGUACUUUUUGGAGAAAUGUCCUCUGGUCUGAUGAAACAAAAAUAGAACUGUUUGGCCAUAAUGACCAUUGUUAUGUUUGGAGGGAAAAGGGGGAGGUUUGCAAGCCGAAGAACACUAUCCCAACCAUGAAGCACAGGGGUGGCAGCAUCAUGUUGUGGGUGUGCUUUGCUACAGGAGGGACUGGUGCACUUCACAAUAUAGAUCAAAUGAUGAAGAAGGAAAAUUAUGUGGAUAUAUUGAAGCAACACCUCAAGACAUCAGUCAGGAAGUUAAAGCUUGGUCGCAAAUGGUUCUUCCAAAUGGACAAUGACACCAAGCAUACUUCCAACGUUGUGGAAAAAUGGCUUAAGGACAACAAAGUCAAGGUAUUGGAGUGGCCAUCACAAAGCCCUGACCUCAAUCCUAUAGAAAACGUGUGGGCAGAACUGAAUAAGUGUGUGCGAGCAAGGAGGUCUACAAACCUGACUCAGUUAAACCAGCUCUGUCAGGAGGAAUGGGCCAAAAUUCACCCAAUAUAUUGUGGGGAGCUUGUGGAAAGCUACCUGAAACAUUUGAACCAAGUUAAACAAUUUAAAGGCAAUGCUACCAAAUACUAAUUGAGUGUAUGUAAACUUCUGACCCACUGGGAAUGUGAUGAAAGAAAUAAAAACUGAAAUAAAUCAUUCUCUGUACUAUUAUUCUGGCAUUUCACAUUCUUAAAAUAAAGUGCCGAUCCUAACUGACCUAAGACAGGGACAUUUUACUCUGAUUAAAUGUCAGGAAUUGUGAAAAACUGAGUUUAAAUGUAUUUGGCUAAGGUGUAUGUAAACUUCCGACUUCAACUGUAUGUGAUUACAGAGACCUUUGAGUCAGAGAUCUGCCAAGUGAUAUGUGAAGGUAACUCCCACUAAUUGAAUCAUCUUUAUUUAUACUGUUUGCAAGUGAUAAAAACAAAAGCUACUUUGAGAAACAAAAGGUUUGAUAUGCAGCUAGUGCAAUUCACAGCUUAAUUGUUUGUACUGAUUCUGUUGUGUAAGAAACUGUGCAGAAUGUGAAGGUUAAAGUGAUUCACUGUACUUGAAGAAUCCUGCUUUCUACCCGCUAACGUUACAGAUGAUUCCACUUUGUAGCAGAUUAGUUUUACCUUCAGAUUUUAUACUGUUGAAACCCCUUUUUUUUGUACAGUUCCUUUAUUCUUUUGAACAUUUGCCUGGAAUGCUGAUGAUUUUGUAACGAUCACAACUGAAUAAACUCUCUCCAAGUCA